AGGAAUGAAGAGGAAUGUCAACUGAUUCUGCAGUACAUCCACAACACCACACAUUACGGCAAAGCGAUUGUCAAAAGUGUUUAUAGGGUUAACCGCAACGGAGAGGAAAAGGCGUUCGACGGGACGGGUGUUGACAACCGGUGGCUCUUAUGGCACGGGACCAGAGCUGCCAACGUGUUGAGCAUUUUGGCCAAAGGGCUCCAGAAGUCGCCAUUGAGUGCCGAGAUAUCUGGCCAUCUGUUCGGAAAGGGCGUAUACUUUGCCGAUAUGUUCACCAAAAGUCAGGGCUACUCGUCGUCCGGCGCUUUCGGACAGAAGUUUAUGUUUUUAAGUGAAGUAUCGUUGGGCGCCGUACAGGACGUCCGCAUCCGAGACCUCCUCGAAAAGCCCUAUACUCUCGACAAAGACAAACAUAGUUUGAAGGCAUCGCACACACAGUACACACCGGACCCCCAGUCCUCUGUCUACUGGAAAGGUAGGCGUCUCUCUAUCACUCACUUGUAA